CGUCAGGCGGCGGCAUGGCGGGCGGCGGGCGGCGGCCCGAGCACCGCGGGCCUCCCGAGCUGUUUUACGAUGAGGCCGAGGCGCGGAAGUACACUCAGAACUCCCGGGUGGUGGAGAUCCAGUCGCAGAUGUCGGAGCGAGCUGUGGAGCUGCUGGGAUUGCCCGAGGACCGGCCGUGCCUCCUCCUGGACGUGGGCUGUGGCUCUGGGCUGAGUGGGGAUUACAUCUCUGAAGAGGGUCACUACUGGAUUGGCAUGGACAUCAGCUCAGCCAUGCUGGAUGUGGCUCUGGAGAGGGAGGUGGAAGGAGACCUUCUCCUUGCAGACGUGGGUCAUGGCAUUCCCUUCAGGCCUGGCAUGUUUGAUGGCUGUAUCAGUAUUUCUGCAGUGCAGUGGCUUUGUAAUGCUGAUAAGAAGUCACACAGCCCACCAAAGCGCCUCUAUCGAUUCUUCUCCACUCUAUAUAGUGCCUUGGCCCGAGGAUCCCGAGCCGUCCUGCAGCUGUAUCCUGAGAACCCAGAACAGCUGGAGCUCAUCACAGCCCAAGCCAUGAGGGCUGGCUUUACUGGGGGCAUGGUGGUAGAUUACCCCAACAGUGCCAAAGCCAAGAAGUUCUUCCUCUGUCUCUUUGUUGGGACAUCUGGCACAUUACCAAAGGGCCUUGGUACUGAGUGUGCUGCUGAAGAGGUGCACCAGGCAAAGUUCACCAAUGAGAGGACGCGGUUCAGAAACGCCAAGGGCAAGUCCGUGAAGAAAAGCAGAGACUGGAUCCUGGAGAAGAAGGAGCGCAGGCGGCGACAGGGCAGGGAGGUGCGAGCAGACACCAAAUACACAGGCCGGAAGCGUCGUCCUCGCUUCUGAACUGUUCUGGACACUGCUGGCCUGGAGGAUGGUCUGGUGCUCCUUCCAGCAAGCUGCCUGUGGAUGGCACAGAUGGACAUGCCAGGCCUGGGACUGACCAUUGUAGCUCUCAAAGGUGUAAACUGGCUCAGAUGCUGCCCAACGACAAAGCUUCCAGCCCUGUUUCCCUGGUGAAGGUAGGGUGUCAGCCAGUGCACUGGCCACUUGGUGUCUGCAUUGCUUAUUUUCCUGUGACUGCUGUGAGCCACCUGGAGCUCCAGGUGAGCCAGAACAUUAGGUCCUAUAGCCUCACUAAACAGUCAACAAGUCAGAAGUGUUGCUGUGUCCUGCCCUCAGCACAGAGGUAGGAAUGUAGCACCCUGCCAGCUUCCCCUCUGCCUGCAGGCAGGAGGCAGGCAGCACAAAGGUGUGUGGCCCAUAAGGGCAGACCUUCCUCCUGGCAGAGGUGUUACUCCUUUGGUGGGUGCUUCUCAUCAGGCCCACCCUGUAUAUGCUCAUAUGAUGCUGAUGUCUACAUCCUCUACAUCCCCAUCCUGCUUCCCCAGCACCUCCUCCCUUCCCCUGAAACAGUGAGGUGCCAGCUAGAGCUUUACAGUUACAAAUGUUUAUUCUACAUAAAAAUUCCACAAAAUGGGAAGCUGUUUUGCACCCAAA